UAACCUAACCAACUCAAAGCACAAAUUAAAAUAUUGUGUUAGAAAAACUUCGGCCUCCUUUCUUGAUUGCUUAGAAAGGACUAUAUAAGUACUGCUUAGUUAAUUAGCUUGAUAAGAAACAUAAAUAAAGUAAGGUGGCUUAUUUAUGGGUACGAUAAGGACCCACAUACACAUAAAAAGCAAUUCAAUGAGAUAAGCUCACAAUUUUAGGGUUAAAGUUGAAACAUAAAAAAUUUGAUAUGGUUAGCAACAACCUUUGUAGUAUGGCCUUAAAGGGAAUUAAGGUACUCGAAUUCGGUGGUCUCGCACCGGGCCCAUUCUGUGGAAUGGUGCUGGCCGAUUUUGGUGCUGCAAUUACACGGAUAGAUCGAAUUGGGGCAAAUGUUGAGGUUGACUGUGUUGGCAACGGGAAGUCCUCCCUCGCGUUAAAUGUAAAAAGUAAAGAAGGUGUUAAUAUUAUCAAGAAGCUAAGCAGAAAAUCAGAUGUUGUGAUUGAACCCUUCCGGCCCGGUGUAAUGGAGGGCUUGGGUCUUGGACCGAAAGAACUACUACAAGAAAAUCCUCGAUUAAUAUAUGCCCGUCUAACCGGCUACGGUGAUAAAGGUGCCUAUUCCCCACGUGCCGGACACGAUAUUAACUAUCUAGGACUAUCGGGAAUCUUAUCAUUGUUCGGACGUGCAGGGGAAAAUCCUAUUGCUCCGGUUAAUUUGGCAGCCGACUUUGCAGGAGGCGGCUUAAUGUGCGCAUUUGGAAUCAUUCUAGCAUUACUUGAACGACAGUCGUCAAAUAUGGGGCAGGUAAUCGACUGUAAUAUGGUUGAAGGUGCCGCUUACGUAGGGAGUUGGUUGUAUCGAUCUCAACACUUACCAAUAUGGGGUAAUUCUAGAGGAAACAACAUACUCGAUACCGGUAGAUAUUUUUACGAAACUUAUGAAACGAAAGAUGGGAAGUAUAUGGCAGUGGGUGCUUUAGAACCGCAAUUUUAUGCACAAGUAUUGAAAGGUUUGGAGUUGAAAGACGAUGAAAUAUCUCAAUUUGAUGACAAUAAGGCGUGUAAGAAGGUAUUUAGGGAAAAAUUCUUGCAAAAAACCCAAGCCGAGUGGUGUAAAAUAUUUGAUAAGACUGAUGCUUGUGUUACACCUAUUUUGUCACUGGAGGAGGCACCUUCACAUCCACAUAAUGCUGAACGUAACACUUUUGUUGUCAGUCAUGAAACUGGUCAACUGGUGCCCGGUCCUGCACCGAGAUUAAGUCGAACUCCUGGCAUUUCUCGAGCUAUAACUCCCGCUCCAAAACGAGGUCAGCAUACAAUUAGUAUUUUGCAAGAUUUAGGAUAUACAUCCAGUGAAAUUACCAAGUUAGAAAAUAUGAAUGUGAUUGAAACAUAUCAGGAAGUACCGACUUCUAAGUUGUAAAAAGACUUCUAUCACAUCAUAUAAUUGUUGGUGUGGUUUGAAGAUGUGUUGUAAAUAGCAUUUUAUAAGUACAUAAAAUGUACAGUAUGAACUUAUAUUUUAACCCUUCUGCUUCUACUGAUUUUUUUGUCAUCAUAUUCAAAUGCAUUGAAAUGUGUGCUCAACCCCAUGAAGAAUUCAUAUCUAAAAAUCUAAGUACUGAUAAACAACAUCAUGCAAGUCAUUUUGCAUAUUUUACACUGCAGUGUCUGGACUCUGGAGCAACACACACAAUUUACAAUGUAAAAGAGAAUUAUAAUUUUAUACAGCAAUUGCAACAAAUUUAAUUAACAAGUGACUAUUUGCGAUUUUUGUCACAGCUACUAAUUGACAUGCAAGUUGGCGGAGCACCAACUUGUCUCCGUCGCGCAUCGUUCGCACUUUGCGUUAGUUUUAUUCAAAGCGUUAAUGGUGACUGACUACUGACCUGCAUAGUGUUCACGUAUAUAACUUCGCUUUUCAUUGCGUUAGUUUUAAUCGCCAUUGUUUUGAUCCAGAAACUCUCAACCAUAAUCUGAAACUAAGUAAGAAAAUGUCACUCAAGUGAUAUAAUUUUAAAAAUACAUACCUAGAGAUUA